CGGUGAAGAACCAGGUCACAGGCAGCUUCAUCUUCAACCCCAAGGGCAAGGAAGCCACUAGCAAGACCUUCACCGCAAUGGGCCUGGAGUGGGAGUAUGCAGUGGAGGAUGCCAAGGAAAGCCUCAAGACUAGCGGGCCCCUGCCUGAAGCCAUCGCGGUCCUGGUACUCCCCCCAGCUGAGGGUGGCCCCCGCAGCAGCCUGGCCUACAAGUAUGUCAUCCACGAGGACCUGCUGCCCCUUAUCGGGAGCAACAGCGUUCUCCUGGAGAAGGACACCUACGAGUGGGCGCUCAAGAGCUGGGCCCCUUGCACCAAGGCCUGCGGAGGAGGUAUCCAGUUCACCAAAUACGGCUGUCGGCGCCGACGAGACCACCACAUGGUCCAGCGGCACCUGUGCGACCACAAGAAGAGGCCCAAGCCCAUCCGCAGGCGCUGCAACCAGCACCAGUGUCCCCAGCCUGAGUGGGUGAUGGAGGAAUGGAGCACCUGCAGCCAGAGCUGUGGGAAGCUAGGGGUGCAGACUCGGGGAGUGCAGUGUCUGCUGCCCCUCUCGAAUGGUACCCACAAGGCCAUGCCAGCCAAAGCCUGUCCUGGGGACCGGCCCGAGGCCCGGCGGCCCUGCCUCCGAGUGCCUUGCCCAGCCCAGUGGCGGACGGGAGCCUGGUCCCAGUGCUCUGCCACCUGUGGAGAGGGCAUCCAGCAGCGGCAGGUGGUGUGCCGGCCUAAUGCCAACAGUCUCGGGCAGUGUGAGGGGGACAAGCCAGACACCAUCCAGGCCUGCAGCCUGCCUGCCUGCAGAGGAAAUGUCCAGAACUCUACAGUGACAGCUGAUGUCCGGGAACUUGUGACCCCACAAUCUGGGUCUCUACAUCUUAUUAACAAGAUAUCAUCAACAGAGCCCUGCGUGGGGGACAGGUCCAUCAUCUGCCAGAUGGAAAUGCACGACCGCUACUGCUCCAUCCCCGGCUACCACCGGCUGUGCUGUGAGUCCUGUACCCAGAAGGCUCCGGGCCCUGACGCCAGUCUGGAUCCCGGCCUGACACCACCACCCUUCUCCACCCCCGGGAGCCCCUCACCAGGAUCCAAGGCCCCUCCAGAUGCUGUGGGGCCCACUGUGGGGCCAACGGGUUCAGAUGACCAUCCGCAUGGCCAAUCCACCCAGCUCCCAGAACCUCUGGGAACAAGCCCCCCAGUGACCCAAAGCCCUGGUUUUGCUCCCCAGAAACUGAGCCCUGGAGCAUCCCGGGGUACUUCCCCUAGCGCCACCCAGUGGGUGCCUUGGGGCUGGCCCACUGUCCCACCCCUGCCAGCCUCUGAGGAUAAAGGGCAACUCAGGGAAGACCUGAAGCAUCCAGGCACCAGCCUUCCCGCCACCUCCCCAGUGACAUGAGCACCGUCUUGCCCGUCCCACCAGUCGUUUCCACAAUGUGGGCCCGAGCCCCUGGCUCAGAGGAUGCGCAGUGGGCCAGGGGCAAGCUCAGACUUCCUUUUAAAUUAUUUGCCCUCUUGUUCUUGUUUUGGGCUGUGAUACUUUUCACCCGUGAAGUGGGUGUGUGAGGAAGAAAAAAAUCAGGGAAAACCCUAACCUGAGAUACCUCAGCAAGCGGCCCAGUGACCGAGUUGAACUUCUCAGGGGCUCCUGUCUGCCUCCCUGGCCAGGCUUGAGGGCCAGCUAAUGCCCUGUCCUCACAGCCACUGCGUCCCACACUGGAUCCGUCUGGCUGCCUGCCUUCACCAGAACUUGUGGGACCCCUGUGCAGGCCCAGAGAGGCAAAGCAGGGCCAGGGAAGGUGAGGGGGUGCCCCCAGGACAGUCAUCAGAGAGAGGGAGGGAGCUGGGAGUGAGUGUGGUCCAGCUGCAGGGCUGGGGCAGGUGGGAGGCAUGUUCAUCUCAGGCCCAGCUUUUCGUAGCAAGAGCUCCAUGGGGCUCUUCCAGCCAAGGCCAAGGAGCAGAGUCCAGCUUGCCUUUGCUGGCUGGAGGGCAGUGUUGGCCAUCACCUCUGCCCCAGCAGACAGCACUUUCUGUUACUUCUGGGGCCUCUAGUCUACAGGUAGGCCUCCCAGCCUCACUCCAGCUCACCCAAGAAGGGGGCUCCGAAGACUCUAGAAAGUGUCUUCUUUAUCCAGGGGUCUCCCAACUGGUGCUAGAGCCCUGGCUAGACCAGAAAUGGCAACUAUGUCAUCACUCCAGGGCAUGAAGGGAGACAACCUGGAAGGGGACUUGUAGGACACAGAGGGAGACGUGAAUUCUCAGGCUGUGCCCCAUCAGUCACUGACUUUUGCCAGAGACCACUCCUGCUGGCUCUAGAGGUUUGUGGUGCUGAUUAGGGGGGCGGAGGGUCAGGCCUCAGAGCUGAGGACCAGAGUCCACUCAUAGCCGGGCCCUGGAGAUGACAGGGGCCACCCAGGGCAGGCUAUGAGCCUUUGUCCCAUGCUGGGGUGGAGAGUAGACACUGACCCACAGUGUUGUGGUGCUUCAUCUGCCCUGCCCCCCCUUACCUCCAAGGGCAGGUAACUUCCCUAGACUCCUUGGCUCUCUGGAAGCCACCCUAGUCCUCAAGAUCCCCCCCAGGGCUCCUGACUCUGAGUCGUGUGGAGAGUCUCCCAGACCCCAGCAGGUGCUGAGGUGCUUGCUAGUUCUCCACCCCCCCACCCCCACCCCUGGGAGAGCUGUUCCGAGCCAGGCUAGAGGCAUAGGAGCAGUGGGCCGGCCUGUAGGUGCCUGGAGAAGAGAGCCCUGUCCCCCUCUGCCUGCCCCUCCCUGGAUGCUGGGCACACACUGAAUCAUUCCUGUGACCCAGCCUGCCUGCGUUAAGGGCUGUAAUCUCUGCCUUUGAGAUCCAGAUCUUUAAAUUUUUAUGUAUUUAUUAACAUUAUCCUUGGUGUUUUGUUUUGGACUCCAAAA